UGUACAUUACGUCUCAAUGACGUGUGUGUGUGUUUAGUCUACGUCUACUGACUAAACUGCUUGUCAGUUGUUUUUAUUUAAUUAUCGUUUAUAAAUUCCAUCCCCUGAAACUUAUUUUGUAAAACAAAAUGUCUUUAGAAUACGAGAGUGUUUUGUGUGUUAAGCCGGAGGUGCAGGUCUUUACAAAAAUACCAGCAAGAUCAUCAAAUCGGGGAUUUAGGGCCUCAGAAUGGAAAUUAGAUAGCCCAGAAUGGAUUGGGAGACUACGGAUUGUGGCCAGAGGAAAAGAUUGCGUUAUUAAACUUGAAGACAAAACAACAGGUGAACUGUUUGCUGAGGCACCAGUGGAGCAAUUUCCUAGUAUAGCAGUGGAGGCAGUGCUAGAUUCCAGUCGAUACUUUGUCAUCAGAAUAUCAGAUUCAGGUCGUAAGGCUUUUGUUGGUAUUGGUUUCACAGACCGAGGAGACUCAUUCGACUUCAACGUUGCUCUUCAAGAUCACUUCAAAUGGCUAAAGCAGUCUAAAGAGAUUGAAGAACAAGAAAAGAAUGCAGAGACGAACCCGGGCCCAAAGCUGGACUUGGGCUUCAAGGAGGGACAGACUAUUAAAAUAAAUAUUGGGGGUAAGAAAACAGGAACAUCAUCAUCUAGACCAAGGAGCACAGGGGGUGGGAUUGCUGCACCAGGUCUUCUUCCCCCACCCCCUGGAGGUGUUAAACCACCCAUACAACCCGCUCCUGGUGCAAUAGGUACCCAGUCUGGAGGUCAGAGUUCAAUGGGCAUAUUUACCCAGCAGCAGCAACAACAGCCAAAUGUACUACAACAACCUAAUAACAACUUUGGCAUUUUCGGUGGCAAUAAUCAAGUGCAGUCAAGUCUCGACUUAUUAGGGGGGUUUGGAGCCCCAGGAAUGCCACAAGCUUCAGCACAGCCAAUGACACAACCCAUGACACAACCCAUGGUACAACCCAUGGUACAACCCAUGGCGCCACCCAUGGCACAACCUAUGGCGCAACCUAUGGCACAACCUAUGGCACAGCCUAUGGCACAGCAAACCCAACAAGCAUCAACAGACUGGGGGGAUUUUACGAGUGCCCAAUCCGGAGGUGCUAAGAAUAGCUGGGUAACAUUCUGAGAACAUCCAAUCAGAUUCAUCAUACUUAAAGAUUGAGCUAAAGCAACCAAUAACACCAUCCCGUUCACAUCCAUGUAGUCAUUCCUGCUAGACGAUUGGCUGAGGUGCUUAAUCAGCUGAAUCACCAUAGAAACCAGCUUUCUCAUCCAACAUUAGUUGUUUUGACUAACUAGUCGUUCUGACUAACUAUCGAUGUUGUAGUAAGUAUGGUAAUGAAAUACUGCAAAGCAGGCUUUGUAAUUUGCAUCCAUCGUAUCAUUAGGUUUUAACAGCCUCCACUCCUCCCCAACAAAUAAAUAUAUUAAUAAAUAUACAUAUACAAAAAGUCUGAAAAAAGCAUUUCAAUAAUAAACAAAAGCAGUGAAGGCCUUGUGUUCCAUCCCCUACAGUGUAUAUUUCUCAAGAACUAAAGGCAAUAUGAUGUGAGAGGUAGAUGUAUCAAUGUGUAUUAAACCGAUUAAUGCAUCUAAACAUACUGACAUACAUUUAAUAUCAACAAAUGAUUAUUGUCAUUACAAUUCAUCACGCAUUCCGCAGAGAUAAUAAAUACAAGUACAUGUACACUGAAUAGUGAGGAACGAAAGUACCUUGUUAUGAUUGAUAUAUGCAUCGAAAGGAAAAGUAGAGAAUAGAUGUCAAAACAUUCAGUAAGUUCAUGUCAUUCAUGUGUACUUUCUUCCCCCAAUAUCCCAUAAUGCAAGUACUUGUUUCAAGUUGUAUUAUUACAAAGCAAAACCCUGGCAAUGUAAUAACUAUUUGUAAAUAAUGUCGACAGUUGCCUAUUAUCAAGUGUUUAAUAUAGUAAUGUCAUGUUUUCAUAACAACAAGUUAUGUGCAUUUUUUACUGGACAGGUCUGAUACAUUAUUAAGUGGCACAAUUGUUCUCUCUAAUCAAUUUGUGUUCAAUUCAAAUGAUUAUUUCAAAUCUUAUUGCCUAAAUUGUAGAAGUUAAGGACCCCACAAUGUUAUUGAUAACAAAUAUCACUUUCCAUAAUAAUUACUUCUUCCGGCCUCCCAUCUGUUUCCUAAAUGUUUACAUGGAAAACAAACCAAAGAAGAAGGUUAAUGUUAGAGAUUGGUACAUGUACAUGGUUUUUGUUCUGUAUUUAAGAGGAAUUGAUGGAUUUCAUUCAAUCAUGGAGGUAGACAUACCUCUAUGAUUCAUUUAAGAUGUCAUCCCUUUACAUCACAAUUAAACUACAUGUUAAUCACAUUCCAAAAUGGACAGAAAUUUAGGUAAAAUGUCUUAUUUUGAGAGAAAUGCUUUCCUUACAAGUAUACAGUUGAAUAUAUUUAUACUCAUUUCUAAUUUGUCUUGUAACUUGUAGGGUCAGUCCCUAAAACAUUUGAACAAGUUUUCUUGAAUAAAAGCAAAAAUGUGAAGCGUGUAGAUGUUCUGUCGCGUUUCAACUGUAGUUUGGGGAACAUUUCAGCGGUCUAAUUCUCCUUUAAUGAAAUGUUUUUAAAGGAGGGAAUGAUUUUAAGGUAUAAAGGUUUUAUGCGGAUGGGAAAACCUCCCCAACCUUAUCAUCAGCUAUAAUUAUAAGCCUGUACAAUUAGUUUUUAUUAACAAUAUUCUUUUCACAGAUACAGAGCAGUGAAGAAAUCUAAUUCAACUACACUAAAAACUAUUAUACCGUGUCGCUCUGUCCAAACAAAAUGUUGUUGGGUUAUUUGUUGUGUAACUUUUUCAUCUUAUGAUGAACACACCUUACUGAAAACUACAAGUAGAUGAGACAAUUAUUAGUGCAGUCUCAAACUCUUACAAUCUAUGGUAGACGUUUUGUGAUUUGCUUUGGGUUGGUGAUGGUGCUUGUUGAUUUUUAUGAAUUUUUUUUAAAUAAGUGUUUCAUCGAUCAAGAAAAUAGUAUAGGCCUAGAUGUUUUACGAUGUAAAUUGACGGGUCUUUCUAUUGCAGAAGCUCAUCUCACAUUUGAAGCACCAAGAAAUGUUUGCUUCGCAGAAAAAGAUCUUAGGUUAAUUUAUAAGAAUUACCAGAACAGAAAGGAAGAUUGUUGAUUAAAAUAGGGUUCAUAUCCUGUUAACAGUUUUGUGCAAUUAUGUUGGUUAUCAAAAGCUCUCAUUUGAGUUUAGUGUGAACUGCGCAUGGUGGGGCAUUGUGCCGAUCUCACAUCAAAUAUAAUAUUUGUGUGUGUGUGUUUGGUGCUUUGUUUCAACGAGACAAGUCUUUUAAGUUUCAGACGAACAACUACAUGAAAUUUUGUACGUUCCCCUUCAUUUGUUUCUUGGUUAACCGUUUUAAAUCAAAUGAAUAAUAAAGAUUGGUACUGACGUUUAUAAAAUAACAAUAUUGUGGCCAGAUAAUAGAAAUGUUUACAAGCUCCUUGAAUCUUAAAAUGCCUUUCUUGUGGAUUGGUGACCACUUAAAUGGUUGUUUAUGAAACAUGAUGGGGAUCUGUGAAGAAUGUGUAAAUGAAGUCUUUAAUUUGAGGAAACAUUUUUUAUUUUUUAUUCAGUUUGUAAAUUUGGAUCGCUGAAUGAAUAUUUUGACAACAAAUUGAUGGCAACAAAUUAAUGAAAAAUGUAAUAUACAUGUAGUUUUUUAUUGUUUGUUUCCCUGUCUCUUUUUCCCGUUCUUUACAUCAAGACUCACUGUUACCCUGGUAUUGAGCUUAUAUACAUUAAUGCACUUCAUAUGGGUCCAUGGAAUGGUUUCAAUAAGUGAUGCGAUUCCCAAUUUCAUGUUAAGGUUUAUAAUACAAUAAAUGAUGUUUAGUUUGGGGAUAAAGAUCUGUAUAACUAAUGUGAUUUUUUUUUUAUAACAAGGGAAUGAUCAUUUUCCUGAUGUAUAAUUCACAAAACCAGAAUAGUGUAAAUUUAUGUUAGGUUUAUUAACCAGUACUCUAAGUUGACCAGUCACGUGUUUAUAUAGUCUUUGUAUGAAGAGUGACUAUCGUGUUCCGAUUUCAGCGCAGUGUAUUAUCAACAUUUCCAAACACAUUAUUUGCUAUAUCUUUGAGAUCCACAAUUUAAACACUGAGGGUAUUGACGUAGGCUGGUCGCGUUUUCUGCUUGUGGCUUGAAAGUGAUGGACCGAGCCUUGACCUAAUUGGUUUAGCUCUGGUGGUUGUGAUGAAGGCUAUGUGCAUGUAAGCACAUCCACUAGGUCCACCGUGUGGUUCAAAAAGGGAUGUAAUAUCAUCCAAGAAUUAGGAUCAUGGUCUCAGUUUGGUGGUGACUCUUUGUAUAAGGAUAUACCUCACUCCAUGAUAAUGAUGAUAAAAUAUUACUGCACUAUAUUACAGAGAUAUUAUUUAACUUGUACAAAGAAUAAUUAUGGUAAAUGGAUAGGUACACACAUGAUGAUGAUAAAUAAACGUUUGACAACGUGA